AUGGUCAGAGACUGCAGAGAUGACCAGAGACUGCAGACAUAGUACAGGAGAUGACCAGGAGACUGCGGACACAGUACAGGAGAUGACCAGAGACUGCGGACACAGUACAGGAGAUGACCAGAGACUGCGGACACAGUACAGGAGAUGACCAGAGACUGCGGACACAGUACAGGAGAUGACCAGAGACUGCGGACACAGUACAGGAGAUGAUCAGAGACUGCGGACACAGUACAGGAGAUGACCAGAGACUGCGGACAUAGUACAGGAGAUGAUCAGAGACUGCGGACAUAGUACAGGAGAUGA